CGUGGAGCCACAUGAAAACAAGGACCGAGGAAACGAUAGAAUUGACGUUGAUGGGGAGCGGCGCAUGGACAAGGCGUCCUCCAUGACAAUGGAUACGUACUUGGCUACAUGGAUUAUGAAACACGGCUACAUAUGGAAGUGUCAGGGCCUGGCGUUGAAUCGCCAAUCGCUGUGGACACGCGUCUCUCCACUUGCCCAGGCUCAUCCCUUGAAUCGACGAAACUUCAAGCAUUCAUGAACACAAGGCAUCAUCUAAUUCAUGACAUGUCCACAGGGGGUAUCGAUGGUUCUGUAUGAGUGUGGACGUCGUCGGAAGCCUACACAUCGACGCUUUCUCGUCCGGCCCUGAGUACGACUUGUAGCUUGUCGUCAGGCCGUCCUUGUGCCCCAACGCCGCUAUGUUCAGGAAGCCCGACCCGAAACCCCCGAUGCCAUCUAUAAAUAGUGCGACCUUCGUGGUUGAGCAUUGCUCGACGGUCGCAAACGUGCGAGUUGCAUCAUGCUCGUGCCGUGGCAGCAUCCCAACUCGACUCCAUACUCGCCCAAAGACCAGCUCGUGUACUUUAUCGACAAGUAUGCCGACUCGGAUUCUGUGUCCGCUCUCCACUGCAGUUCGCAGCCAACUACAGAAGUCACUUUUCCACCGAACGUGCCGUUGGGUAUCCGCUUCAUCCAAGUCCCGACUCCUUCCUCCCACCUCGUCAUCGUCAAAGACGUCAGCCCCAAUGCGUUCAAUCAAACUGUUCCACACCAUACGCAACUCACGCAUGUCAACGGAGUCGACGUCGGCCACUUAACCGUGGAACGUCUGGACCUCGUCCUUCAUGACACCAAGCACAUCGUUCGACACUGCGUCUUCACCUGUCCAGAGGUAUGCCGCGCCCCUGUUCUUCAUGGAUCCGUGACCUCGUCGGCGGCGUCGUCUUCGUCCUCAUGGUUGCACAUUGUCGGCCCCAUUGACGUCGCGUUUACCCGACGAACGCUGGCGAGUCCGUGUCAUGUCGUGGAUGUGGCAUGCGGCCCCCGCCACGUUCUCCUUCGUUCGUCGUCCGGCCGGGUGUUUUCGUUUGGCAGCGGCGACUCUGGUCGUCUCGGACACGGGGACACUCAAUCCCGAUCACACCCGACGCUCAUCCAAGCUCUUCGGUCUCAAGUGGCCGUCGGCGUGACAUGCGGCCGUGAUCACUCAGCAGUCGUGUGUGCGUCUGGGCUGGCGUACAGCUUUGGAUGGGGUGAAGGGGGCCGACUGGGCAUUGGUGAAGACGCGGGCAGCGUUUUGUGGCCGACCGAGAUUGUCGUCCCGAAUGCUGUGCGAGGGUUCCAUCUCGUGGCCGCCGGGCGCGAGUGCACCGUGCUGGUCUCCCGCUGCGAUCGCGUGUAUGUUUGUGGGCUGGCGCUGCUUGGCCCGAACGCCCACGAACUUUACCUCACCCCACACCACGUCCCGAUCGAAGACUUCCAUGGCGGAGUCAUUGUCAGUGUCAAAGCAGGGGAUGCCCAUAUCGUAUUCCGAACUGCCGAUGGAGAAUUGUACUCAUGGGGCGAUGGGGCGUCUGGUGCGUUGGGCCAUGGUGACUUUGCGACCAAGGUUCACCCGAUGAAAGUCGACAGCGUGCCAGCUGUCCAAAAGGUUGAGUGCGGCACGUGGCACACGGCAUGCCUCACAACUCAAGGCCAAGUGUGGGUGUGGGGCGAUGCAGCCUGUUUGUCGACGCCGUCGGCAUCCCCAACCGUCGUCCAGACACCUCGAAAGAGCACCCUCGAUGAAGAAGAGAGAGUUCUGCACACUGACGUGGCGUGCGGCGCUGACGGCGCCACGUAUGUUCACGCCAACGAGCACACCAUGUGGUCUUGGCAGAAGGGAGACUCAAGUCGCCCCACGGCCUCCAUUGUUUGGCCACCCACCCUCGCCAUGAAUACGAUUGAACUCGACGACGAUUUGACGACGUCUCGGCUGAUGAACCACGACAUAACUCGUCAUGCGGGAUCCUCUUUGCGAAUGGAUGCUGGCGGCGGGGCAUACCUGAUCCUACGGCAGACAAGUCGUCGCCGAAGCAAGACCUCCACGCGCCAAAGAUAACUCGACAAUUCAUCCACGCAAUCGGGGCAUCGCACUCAGUUGAAACAUUUAUGUCUGCUUUAUGAGGUCGUAGACGGCGCUGCUGGGGCACCCGAGGCCGACGCACCUUCUGCGACAUCGGCAUCGCCAACAACGUCAUCGUCGUCGUCAUCGGACGAGUCCACGUC